AUUUGUUCUAAAUGGGCAAAAAAGAACUGGUUAAAUAUGUUCUUGUAAAAGACGAGACAAUAUUUUACUCUUAAAACCUACACAAAACUUACUUGGUUGAUCUCAGGGCUUCAGAACGUUCUGUGCUGAGAAAAGAGAAACGUUUGGAGUUUCAAGUCUUGUCAACAUAAUAGAACAUUUCCUUUGAUACAGCUGGAACACACAAGGUAAUUAUUAUCCAGAGUUUCAAAAUUUCACUUCCAUGUUAAGAUCAUCAGCUCAAUUCCAGAGGGAUCCUGAACAGGGCUUGAAUUAACAUAACCACUGAGAACUGUAUUUUUACAGCAGCUCUCUUUUUAAAAAGCAUUUGAGGAACUUGGUAAAAUGGAAAGGACUGAACAAUGGAGAGAUUAUUUUUUUGCAUUUGGAAAGGAAAGAAGCUAGUUUUUUUGUUUGUGUUGCAGUUAGUUUUAGCCAUGGCAGAGCGGAGACGCAUGGACUACAGCGUGCACAGGGAGAUCCUGGAUGAAGAAGCACUGGAUGAAAUGGCAGAAAAGUCUGACUCAAAAACUCAAACUCUGUCUGAGAAAGUUAAAAAAUCAGUGAGGUGUUCUGGUCCCAGGCUGAAAAACUGCAUGCUGGGUAGUUUUCCUGUUGUAUCGUGGCUCCCUCGAUACUCCCUCAGAGAAAACGCCCUGGGUGACCUGAUAUCUGGGAUCAGCGUGGGGAUCAUGCAGUUGCCGCAGGGUAUGGCCUAUGCUUUGUUAGCAUCUGUUCCUGCAGUCUUUGGCCUUUACUCCUCCUUCUACCCAGUCCUCAUCUACUUCAUCUUUGGGACAUCCAAGCACAUCUCAGUUGGAACAUAUGCAGUGAUGAGUGUGAUGAUAGGAGGCGUGACAGAACGAUUAGCCCCAGACUCAGACUUUAUGACAUGGGACAACAUGACCAACUCCAGUAUUAUUAAUGUCACGUCCCGCGAUGCAGAGAGAGUCCGAGUGGCCGCAGCUGUCACCUUCCUAUCUGGAUUAUUUCAGAUUGUGCUCGGUCUGGUCCAGUUUGGUUUUGUUGUGACCUACCUGUCUGAGCCGCUGGUCCGAGGUUACACCACAGGAGCUGCCAUCCAUGUCAUUGUGUCCCAGCUCAAAUACACUUUUGGCAUCAGCCCUCUGAGACACAGUGGACCCCUCGCAUUGAUCUAUACUGUGUUGGAGGUGUGUUAUCUCAUUCCACAGACAAACAUCGGUACUCUCGUGGUCAGCAUCGUCACUAUAAUCUCUCUCAUCCUUGCUAAGGAGCUCAAUGCGUACUUGAGUAAAAAGCUUCCUGUUCCUAUACCUGUGGAGCUGCUUGGCAUUAUCAUUGCUACAAUAGUCUCCUGGCAAGUUAACCUGAAUGAGAAAUAUGGAGUGGAUGUGGUCGGGGUGAUUCCGUCCGGCCUCCAGCCGCCUGUUCUCCCAGCCUUCUCUCUGUUGGGUCAGGUGAUCGGAGAUGCCUUUGCUCUGGCUGUGGUAGGCUACGGGAUCGCCAUCUCACUGGGCCGAAUCUUUGCCCUAAAAUAUGGAUACACUGUGGACAGCAACCAGGAACUAAUCGCCUUGGGCCUGAGUAACUCUGUGGGAGGAAUUUUCCAGUGUUUUGCCAUCAGCUGCUCCAUGUCUCGCACCAUGGUUCAGGAGAGCACAGGAGGGAAGACUCAGGUUGCUGGUGCUCUAUCAGCGAUAGUUAUCCUUUUCAUCACGCUCUGGAUUGGAGCUCUCUUUGAAGAUUUGCCAAAGGCAGUGCUGGCCGCCAUCAUCUAUGUCAACCUCCACGGCAUGAUGAAGCAAUUUAUGGACAUCCCUGCACUGUACAAGAGCAACAAAGUAGACAUGGUGAUCUGGGUGGUCACUUUCGUCCUCACCUUGCUGCUCAAUCCUGACCUGGGACUGGCUGCUUCCAUCGCAUUCUCCAUGCUCACUGUCAUCUUCAGGACGCAGCUGCCUAAAUACUCACUAUUAGGACAGGUCCCACAGACUGACAUUUACAGGCCACUGGAGGACUACACUCAGGUGAGGCAGGUGCCAGGAAUUUUGAUCUUCCGUUCGUCUGCUACCCUCUACUUUGCCAAUGCUGAGAUGUACCAAAAUGCUCUUGGAAAGAAGUCUGGCAUGGACAUUACCAAGAUCCUGUCAGCAAAGAAGAAACUAGAGGCCAAAAGGAAGAGGCUUGAGAAGAGAAAUGCCAGGAGAGCUGCAACGAGGAACCAAGUUGAAAUGGAGAGGGAGCCAGAGAAUGAGGAGCAGAAUGGUAUUGCCGUCAUUGACAUGGAUCCUGAGCCUGACCCCUCAAUCCCCAACGCCAUCAUCCUCGACCUCAGCCCUGUCAACUUCCUGGAUACUGUGGGAGUCAAGACGCUGUGCAGGAUCCGGAGAGACUAUGGGGAAGCUGGUGUAGAGGUGGUUCUCGCUGGCUGCCAAACUGGUGUGGUGGAUACCCUGCAGACUGGAGGUUUCUUUAAUGACAAAGUGACAAAGUCUUGUGUCUUCUCCACCAUCCAUGAUGCUGUAUUGUACUGUCAGUCGUCCAGAACACAGAGCCAAAAUAAGGAUAUCAAUGGGACAUAUUUGUAAGUCCUGAGAGGAACGAUGGAGAGGAUUAUGGAGAAGUGCCAGACACUCUGUCUAUACGAAGAUUUUAUCUCGUGAGAGUCAGAGAAGUGCAACGCCCGUCUGUCACAAACACAGACACACAAACCUGCAGGCACGCACACACAUUGUAACAAACACAAUACAGGAAGACAAAAACAA